AUGGCGGACGACGACGAGAUUGAUAUUUUGGGAGAUUUUUCGUUUAAUUCCUGUUUCGCUCAGAACAACCAAGGGAUACCUUCAUGCUCCAACCGAGAGGACACAGUACACCCGCAGUGGCUCCAAGACUCCGUGUCGACCAACUGGUAUGAUAUCCAGUCUAAAGAUAGCCAUAGGGACGGCCCUUCGAGGAAAUUAUCUGGAAAUAGCUCUAGAGAAAAAUUCAAAAAAGAGUCACAUACUACAUGGAGCCAAACUGAGAAGAAUUUACUGAUGAGAGAAAUGGCCAAGUACGGCAGAAAUGUACGUAAAAUUUCACAAACUCUAAAAACAAAGACUGAAGCGGAAAUCCAAGCCUUAAUAGAAGCAGAAUACGGGGUGCGCCUGGAUACUCCAUCGUUCGGAUUGGACAAACAUGACGACUUGGAAGAUGUACCCAGUGUAGUUCAGGAAGAAAUAGUCACUGAAGACUUGCCUAAUGUUCUCAAUAUGGUUGCGACAGGUUCACCAACUAUAACUCUUCCAAAGAGACCCUUCAGAAAGAAAGGUAACAAUCCAAAGGCAAAGAACAGUUUACUAAAACCUGAUGCCUUAUUAGCUAGUAAGAAGAAUGACAUAUGUAUUAAUCCUUCAGAAAUAUUCUAUGAAGAUGAGUUGAUUAUUGGUUCAACAGAGUCUAUAGGUUCUGAUAAGGAUUCCAUGGAUGUAAUUUAUCAGAAGAUGGCAAAACAACAAAAAGAGAAGGUUAAAGCUAUGAAAAAGAUUGGUAAUCAUAGGAGAAAAGUAUUAGGGACUUACGAUAAAGGGAGGCCUAGGAAUAGAAGUAAAGAUACAUUGAAAUCUCCUCAAAGAAGACAGAGGAAGGACUCUAGUUUUUCUGAGGACAGUACAAAAAGCCCUAAGAUGCAAAUUGUCUUGGGUUCUGGACUAGCAUUGCCUAUUUCAGAAGGGGAACAAGUGAUAAAAAUAGAAAAGAAAAAAGAUUCAGAUCCCGAGAGUGAUAUAGAAGUAGACGUAGACAGUGAUAAUGAAGAAAAGCCAAAAGCGAAGGAAGGAUCACGACCCGAAGAACCUAUAGCAGUGCCUUUAAGGAAAUUUGAACCGAUGCCCAAGAGACAGAAGAAAAUCAAUUUGGACGGCGGGGGCGGCUACACAAUAAUGCAUACAGAUACCGGGGAUCUUUACGAGAUAGCCCCCGAGCCGCGAAAGGAGCGUGCACCGAAAAAGCAGCCCGUCUCAUUGAUACCUUGCCGAGUGUACAACGCAGAGAAACCGGCGCCGUUCGAAGUGCGCCUGCACGUGUCUGCGCUGGUCAGCAUGGACGUGCACGCGCACUCGUCGCGCGGGGAGGUGAUGGGGCUGGCGGGGGGCGCCGUGGAGGACGCGGAGGGGGGCGCGCCUCUGCUCAUUGUGCAGGCGUACCGACACGCCGCUGCCGCCGCGGGAGGCACUCACUGCGAUAUGGACCCAGUGUCGCAAGCUGAGGCGGCAGAGUGCCUGAUCUCCCUCGGGCUCGUGGUUUGCGCGUGGCACCACUCGCACCCGUCGUUCCCCGCGGCUCCGUCUGUGGCCGACCUUCGCUCGCAACGCCUGCUACAGCGGCUCAGAGGCCCCGCACCGCUGCUCGGCCUCAUCACCUCGCAGCACUGGCCCACGGGUCGCACUGCCACUCAGUACCGGUGCAUUCGUGUCGAAGACGACUCUGACGACGACGCAGACAUACCAACAGGCUACCAGUUCAGUGUGAAGUUGGUCCCUGAUCUGACAACGGACAACGUGCGAUCGUUCCUGGAUGAACUUCGCGCGAUACGCGAUGCCGACCGGACUGAAUACAGCGUUGAUAUGGCGAGGGACAUCUGUCCGCAGGCCGCUAUGACCUAUUUGGAAAAGUGUAUUUCGAGUGUAUCACACCACAUGCAAUCUGCGGGAUACGAGAAUGACGACGCCGUCGUCCAAGAUCUAAUGGCGGGCAUCAGAAACGUGUUCAGAUUGCCUACUUAAGUUAAGAUUAAGUUAUGAUUAUUCAGUCUCAUGACAAUUUCUUGUCAAUCCAAAUUUAUUUAGAAAUGUAUACUACCUCUUUUCCAAUACAAGGAGUAUUAGAAAAAAAAUCGACUAGAAAAAAUAAUUUUUGUUUUUAAAUUAUACUACUACCCUAAGUUGUGUUAUCGUCAAUUGAGUAUCAGAAAUAAAAUUGUUAAAUUUUAAAUUAUGACUGCUACUUAACACUGUCCUUAUUCCAAUUCUAUUAAGGUCGUGAUUUUAGCGAUAUCUAUCUUAUUUUUAUUAUGCCAGAAUAAAAGGAAUAUAAGCGUAAGACGAGACAAGCAAAAUCAACCCUUUUGCCGUAAAAACAAUAGUCAUUUCCACUUACUUUCUCAAAGUUACUGAAAUCCAAAAAAUGGAUUGUGUAUACAAAUGUUGCAGGUUGAUUUCACGGCACAUUUCCUUCAAUUAUUUACACCGGCUUUUACCUGUUCUUAAAGUAAUGUUCUUAAAAAUCCAAAUUCACACUCUUUAUAAGAUACGAUUUUGAGAAAGUAAGGCGACGAAAUAUAUGACUUUGACGAUAUUAGGGCUAGAUAUCUACAUA